AUGUCCAAUCCCCUCAAAUCCUCUAAUAGUGCCUCUCCCUUCAUCAAACGAGAGCAACUGAGGAGAGACUUUCUGAAAUCACGGCUCAAGAAAACAGGGACUCCUAAGCCAUACGUGAAAAAGGAAGAUCCCGAGACCUACGAGGAACGCACCAAUCAGCUACUCAAUGGCGGUGCUUCAGGUAGCGGGAGCUCUAACGGAGAGACGAAGGUCAAGCAAGAAAACUCUACACAAUACAAUGAGUUUCCGCUAAGAGCAGUCUCCCACGAACAUUUGGAAAACAUCAGGACUCACAUUCUCAAAUUUCAAAGUAAGAAAAAGAUUGAUCCUCAGAACGACCUUCAUCUCCCGGUGAGGCUCCAUCGUAAAGACACACGUAAUUUGCAAUUUCAACUCACGAGAGCUGAAAUUGUUCAACGGCAGAAAGAGAUAGCAGAGUACAAGCGAAAUGCAGAAAUGGAGAAAGCACCCAAUGCAUCUUUGCAGGUAUCAGGAGGCUCAACUAGCUCUACUCCUGCUUCGGGGAUAGCCACGCCGGCUACACAAGCCUCGGCAGCCCCUUCUGCAGAAACCUCUGCCAACUCAAAUCCACAUGCGACAGAUGAAAAGUCUUCAAGUCUUCCUGCUGAUGGAGAUGCUACUCAAAGUAAUAGUGAACCUUCAGGUUCGAAACCUUCAGUUCCACCAUUGACAAGAUUGGAGGAAGCGGGCGUUUCGGAGGACCCAUCAAAAGUAGGCAUGGUGAAAUAUGACGGUAAGGAAAAGCUCUUGGAUGCCGAAAGUAAAGAAGAUCCAUUUGCGGACGUGGCUCCCGACGGUGGUGGUCGUUUCAAGAGAGGCAACGUCAAGAGAAAGACGCGGUCACUCAAACUAUUAGAUGAAAAUGCAAAACGAUUAAGAUUUGAGGAGUUCUACCCUUGGGUCCUAGAAGACUUUGAUGGCCUCAAUACCUGGGUAGGCUCCUACGAAGCCGGAAACUCAGAUUCAUAUGUUCUUUUGAGCGUUGAGAACGACGGCAGUUUUACUAUGAUCCCUGCCGAUAAGGUUUAUAAAUUCACUGCGAGAAACAAGUAUGCCACGCUUACAAUCGACGAAGCUGAGAAACGUAUGGAAAAAAAUGGUAAGGGAAUUCCUCGAUGGCUAAUGAAGCAUUUGGAUGAUAUCGGUACUACCACGACGAGAUAUGAUAGAACGCAAAGAAGAUUGCGGUCAGUUGAUGCCCGCCAGCGGGACGAGGGCGAUGAAGAUAAUAGGGACGACAAUUCCGAAAUUGAGUUAGAUUUCGAUGAGGAGUUUGCCGACGAUGAAGAAGCCCCAAUUAUCGACGGUGAUGAAAAGGAAAAUAAAGAAUCGGAACAACGUAUUAAGAAGGAAAUGUUACAAGCCAAUGCAAUGGGAUUGCGGGAUGGUGAUGGCGAUGAUAUAGAUGAAGAUCUGUUUGGUGAGAAGAAGAUCGACGACGAAGGAGAAAGGACAAUGAAAGCACUCCAAAAAUCCGAUAUGGCCGCUCUUUACGAAUCUGAUGACGAAGCUAAGCUGAAUCCUUACAUAUCUGAAUCAGAGCCCGAAAACCAAGAAGAAGAUAAGGAUAAGGAUAAGGAUGAGAGCCAAGAAAAUGACAAAUCCGGCAGAAGAGGCUCUCCUACUAAGAAAACCAAAAAGGGGACACCUUCUGGAUCUCGUAUUCAUGUUAAAAGUAUCAAGGACUGCCAGGUUAUUCUGAAGGCUGAUAGCUCCACAUUGAAAAACUUCCCGGAAGGAAUAUGGAAUCCAAACACGGCACAGAAAGCUACCGAGAAGAUCGAUAGCGACAGUUUUCUACCCUCCGUUAAGGACGAAGAUAGUGAUACGCACCCAGAUUUGCUUACCGAGGCAGAUAUUGUCAACGUUGUUUCAGGGCGCACAAUGACCCUCAAGCAAUUGAUCAAAGAAUUGAAGGAAAAAGUGGCCAAACAUCCUUCGAACAAGGAUAGGAUGAAACAUUUGGUGAAAAAACUGGUAAAGCUCAAAGAUGGAAACUUAGAACUCAAGGCUUCUUAA